AAACGAUGGUGCAAUCUUCAUUUCCAUCUAAGUUUCAAGCCAGGCAUAGAGAGAGAGAGAGAGAGAGAGAGAGAGAGAGUAGAGAGAGAAAGUAAAACCCGAAGACUUCCUGAAACCUCAGACAUGUUAUUGUCCUCUUCUUCUUCUUCUUUCAAUUCUUCUUGUUUUUGUUCUAUUCAAUUCUUUCUCUGCAACUGUCCGUACUAGAAAUGGAGGAAACAUCAACGACCGUGACUGUCGAUGAGGCAUCAGCGCCUUUACUACGUCCGAGGCAAGGAAACAAUACAGAUUCGACGGCUCGUCCAACCACGCUUGCGCUUUUGCUUGGUCGAGCAGCUGGUCGGCGAGGGCCGUCAAUGUUGGUGCGUGAGACGGCGGCGAUACAGCUCGAGGAGAGACGUGCUGAUUGGGGUUACUCGAAGCCUGUUGUUGCUCUUGAUAUUGCUUGGAACCUUGCUUUUACUGUUGUGGCGAUUGUGAUGCUUAGUUGUACAACAAAAGAGCAGCCUAAUACUCCGAUUAGGGUUUGGAUCUGUGGGUAUACGUUACAGUGUGUGGUUCAUGUGGCUUUGGUAUGGUUGGAGUACAGGAGGAGGAAUUUGCGAAGGCCUCGUGGUGGUGGUGAUGAUGGAAUGAGGACGUCUGAUUCUGAUUUGAAUGAUAGCGAUGAGGAUGAUGGAGAUACCUGGGGCUAUAGGAAUGGAAGUCGAUCAAGGAUUUCCAAGCAAUGUGAAUCGGUUAAUACAAUGGCUUCCUUUCUCUGGUGGAUAAUUGGUUUUUAUUGGGUGGUCUCUGGUGGUGAAAACCUUCUGCAGAAUGCUCCACGUCUAUACUGGUUGACUGUAAUAUUUCUGGCAUUCGAUGUGUUUUUUGCCAUCUUUUGUGUUGCUUUGGCAUGUUUGAUUGGGAUUGCACUCUGCUGCUGCUUGCCUUGCAUUAUUGCACUUCUUUAUGCUUUGGCAGGCCAGGAAGGUGCAUCAGAGGCAGAUCUCAACAUCCUCCCAAAGUACAAGUACCGAAUUGGAAAUGAUGAAAAGCCUGAUGUCGGAACUGGAAAAAUGGUUCCCAUAGCAACAAAUAGUGGAUACUUGGCCGAUGAACGUCUCCUUUUACCUGAGAAUGCGGAAUGCUGUAUCUGCCUCACGCCAUAUGAGGAUGGUACAGAGCUCCAUGCUCUUCCAUGCAAUCACCACUUCCAUGCUCCAUGCAUUGUGAAAUGGCUUAAGCUUAAUGCAACAUGCCCUCUCUGCAAGUACAAUAUCCUCAAGGGGAGCAGUGAACAGGUCUGAAGAAACAACUAACUGCAAAGAUUCAAUGCUUAUGAGGUCUGUUCUGUUGUCAGUGGAGAACUAUCGUGAGUUCAGGGUCUGUGAAGGAUUUGCCAUGGGCAAUUUUUCAUCUACUAGAUAUUGAGGACUGAGAAUAAAUUCCAAGGUGUCAAAUUAAAUCAUCUCUCGUUAGUUGUGUCAAGAAGCUCAAACCAUUACUUCCUGGAGUCUUGCAAUGGAGAGACUAGGCAAGGAGAGGUUCGAUGUUUUGCCAUCUUGGCUGCUUACGGUGUUUGGUCAUUCUGAGGGUAGCAAGUACUUGCUUCAGUUUGAGUCGGUCCAUGGUAAGGUUUUAAAACCUGGAAUUGGUCAAACCGGUUGAAACCCGAGAAACAGAAUCCUGAAAGAAACAAACAUUUUAAUAUAUCUUUGAUUUUAUUGAGUUUGUUAUUAAAAGUCUUGUAGAUCUAGUUACAAGUAUAAAGUUUUAUUCAUUGUCUAAUGUUUUUCGACUAGUAAAAAAAAAAUAGAUCUAAGUAUAUUUAUGACUGAUUUUAAAUUGGGUUUUGGGAA